CAAUUCUCUCGACACACCAUCCAUCGACCAAACCAACCACAUCACCCUUCCACCCACAAUGUCAUACAACGACGACGAGCGCCGCGGCGCUUCUGGUGACUACUAUUCCGGCGGCUCUGGUGGAGGACGGCGCAAUGACGACUAUGACCAACAAGGUGAUCGCCAACAAGAGAGCUACGGUGGACGCCAGGAAGGCGGCUAUGGAGGUGGACGUCAAGAAGGUGGAUACGGCGGUGGUCGCCAGGAAGGCGGAUAUGAUGGAGGCCGCUCGGACAACUAUGGCGGUGGAGGAGACUCUUACGGAGGACGCCAGGAGGGCGGAUUCGGUCAGCAGUCGGACCACCAGCGUCCCGAAGGCUCGUACUCAGAAGGUGGACGUCAUGGUCAAGGCCAUGGCCAGUCAGCUGGCACUUCAUACGGCGGUGGAGGCGCGUACGGCGGUGCUUCCGAUGACUUCUCCGGCGCGCAGCAGGAAGCCCAACAGCAUGCCGGUGACUCUGGAGACUCCGAUCUGUUCAGCACUGCUCUGAGCAUGCUCACCGGCAAGCACCAGCAAGUGCAAAACGAGCCUUUGGACGAGGAAGAUGCCGUUCGACAACACCAGAAUUUCUACGGCGGCGGUGGAGGAGGCCAAGCUACAUCUGGCAAUCUGGGCAGCGCUGCUGCCAUGCAGGCUUUGAAGAUGUUCGGUGGUGGUGGACACGGCGGGCAGGGUGGUGGAGGACAGAACAAGAUCAUCGGCAUCGCCAUGGGACAAGCAGCCAAGCUGUUCGAUCAGCAGGCGGCGCAGGGCAAUGUCAGCCAGGGCGCAAACAAGCAGGAUGCGAUCGCCUCGGCGGGCAAGAUGGCAUUGCAGAUGUUCAUGAGGUCUGAGAUGGGUGGAGGUGGUGGCGGCAUGGGCGGCGGCAUGGGCGGCGGAUCUGGAGGGGGCAUUGGUGGAUUGCUGAACAUGGCCAGCAAGUUCAUGAAGUGAUGCAGAAGCACACUACCAAGACAAUGUAGUCAAGGGGGUAGAGAACUGCAAACAUACCUAGGAUGGACCGGCCGACCACAGCAGGAAUCCAAGGGUGUUCUACCAUGACUGCGCAUGGCACGGUACUUGCUGUCGUACGAUUAGCCGUGCAGGUACGUUAGCAGACAUGCGAAAUAGCCGUACAGAUAAGUUUGCAAGACAUGUCAAACAGUCAUACAAGU